ACUACACUAACCAAAACGUGCGUUGGCAAACAAAAUAAAUAAAUAGUACGCAACCCGAGAUAAAUUAUCAACAACAAAGUCAACAAAGUUCUAAAAAUUAAUUUGUAUACAUCUAAAUUGCAAAGUGAACAAGAGCUGCAACAUGAGUAUGAGCGAUGACGACAGAGAUAUCGAUAUCGAGAGUGACGACGAUGUGGACUCGGAUAACGGCCUCGGCUCCUCGCGCAACACAAGCACCGCUAAUUUUACGCAGGCCGAAAAGCGAGCGCAUCACAACGCUUUGGAGCGACGCCGACGAGAUCACAUCAAGGAGAGCUUCACCAAUCUGCGCGAAGCGGUGCCCACACUCAAGGGUGAAAAGGCCAGUCGUGCUCAGAUACUCAAAAAGACGACGGAGUGCAUUCAAACAUUGCGACGAAAAAUAAGUGAAAACCAAAAGGAUAUCGAGGACAUCAAGAAACAGAACAGCCGGCUAGACGAACAGAUACGUCAACUGGAAGGUGGCAGCAGCAACACUUCAAACGGUGCCGAUUUCCUCAGCGAUGAUGAACUGGGCAGCGAUGCAGAGGAUGCCUUGGAGCAAUCCGACUUCAGCCGGCGCAGUAAAAAGCUGAAGACAUUUCAUGCAUAGCCCAAUUAUGGACAUAAAUAUAUAUAUAUAUAUGUAUAUAUAUAUACAUACAUAUACAUAUACCUGUACACUUAUGUAUGUAUUUGUAUGUGCUCUGUUUGCGACACAAUCAAAUCAAAGUUGUUAAUGCAAAAGCAUUAUUUGAAUCAUUACAAUUUAAGUCCAAAUUACUUCCAUUCUGUCUACCUUAAUGUGUGUGUGUAUUGCGUGUGUUGUUUUGUACUACCCUAUGCGAAUAAAAAUUUGUAUCUAUUUUGUAUAUAA